AUGGAUUGGAGACAAGUGCUUUUUGUCGUGGCAUUGUCAUCGAUCAUAGAUGUCAGUGACCAGCUGUUUGGAAACGAUGAUCACUCGAACCAACUGCUGAAUCAUUUGUCCGAAUCAGAAAAGCUCUUUCUAUUUGGUCCUAAUCACGACGAUGUACAUUUUGAGAUAGCACAUCUAAAACAUCGAAAGCGUCGUAAGAGGUCGAUAUCAAACGACAGUCCAGACUUGAUUGCUUUGAAGAAACAUCUGAAUAUCAAUCUAAGUCCGAAAACCAGUUUCCUAGAUCCCCAGUUCCUAUUACUGAAGAGAUGGUCGAAUGGAACGGAAGCUAUAUUCGAUCAACAUUCGGACGACGAGUUGGAUUCAUGUUAUUACAAGAGCGAGAAUGCUGCUUUGUAUGUGUGCCAAGAUGUGAGAGGUAUUAUAAAAACUAAUGACAGUUACUAUUACAUCCACCCACUGCCUGAAAGAUUCCACAACGAAAACGCCAAACCUCAUAUAAUUAUGAAACGAUCUUUAAAUUACGUUAAUAAUAAUAAUAGCGACGAUGAAGAUACUUGUGUAGAAAGACAUAGUAAACAUUAUAACGAAACACCUGAACCUGUGAAAAAUUGGACAAAACAUAGAAGGAAAAGAGAAAUAAACUCACAAACAAAUCUAAAUGAAAACGAUAGCUUAGAUAAAUUUAAAUUAAAUUUAGAACAUAGAAAUAAGACCAUAGGUGAUUUUGUUAGUAAAUUAGUCAUUGAUGAAAACCGACAAAAAAGAGCCGUACUGCCGGCCAUAUUUGUUGAAACCGCUGUGUUCGUUGAUAGAGAUUUGUACAAACAUAUGACAGUCAAUUUUCCCAAAGAAACGGAGAGAGAAUUAGUGAGAUUUGUAUUAGCAAUGAUCAAUGCGGUACAAUUGAUUUACCAUGACCCAAGUUUAGGUAGACCAGUUAAUUUUAUAUUGAAGAGGCUGGAAAUACUUCAUGAAGAUCCAGUAAAUUUAAAAAGACCGCACGACAUCGAUAGAUUCCUAAGUAACUUCUGUACGUGGCAGAGAUUAGAAAAUCCUCCAGGAGAUAAUGACCCUUUGCAUUGGGAUCAUGCGUUGAUUCUAACAGGUCUCGAUCUCUACGUUGUCAAUAAAAAUGGCAAAGUUAGCAGUCAAGUUGUCGGAUUGGCGCCAGUUGCUGGUAUGUGCACAGUGACAAGUAGCUGUACGGUCAAUGAAGGAAGACAUUUUGAAAGCGUAUAUGUCGUAGCACAUGAAAUAGGUCACAACUUAGGCAUGCGACACGAUGGUCCAUUAGCUGAUAACGGCUGUGAUCCUAGCGCCUAUAUCAUGAGCCCUACCUUGGGCAGCGGGAAGAUAACAUGGUCACAAUGUAGCAAAAGUUAUUUGCAAAAAUUCCUCGACACAGUACAAUCUAGAUGUCUUCUUGAUCACGGCAAUUCUGCUGGACAACUGGACCACAGUGCGGAGGGUAUACUUCCGGGUGAAAGAUUCGACGCUGAUCAACAAUGUAUGCUCAAAUACGGUAGUGGGAGUCGGCAUUCAGCGGCGCAAAACUUAGAAGAUAUCUGCAGAGAUUUGCAUUGUCAAAGGGAAAGAUAUACUUGGACCUCUCAUCCCGCGCUCGAAGGCACGAAGUGUGGAGAUGACAUGUACUGCCGCGGUGGCGAGUGCGUGGAGCGAGGUGGAGGUCGAGGAUUGGGUGUGGUGACGAGUGCCCGCUGGGGACGAUGGUCGCGCUGGUCGGAGUGUGCAUCUGCUUGUCUGUUGGACGAACAACACGUGCCGGCUGCAGCUGGAGUCGCUGUCGCCUCCAGGCGGUGCACGAGACCCAGACACGAGAACGGUAAAAGCUAUUGUCAAGGCAAUGACAAAAAGUAUCAAUCUUGUCACGCUCAGCAAUGCAAAACUGUACCAAGAAUGACGGUGAGAGAAUUCGCCGACCAAAUAUGUUCAAGAGCUCGUGACGUGGACCCCGAUCUCAUUGGAACUGGUUUGCAGAGAAUGGAUGCUGAUGAUGCGAGCAGCGUAUGCGCGGUGUGGUGCGACACGCGCGGGGGCGGGUACAAGUCGCGCGGGUGGGCGCUACCCGACGGCACCGCCUGCUCCACCUCACGCGACUACUACUGCAUAGCCGGAGUCUGCAGGAAAUUCACAUGCGCAGGCAGCUCAGACACGGAGUUCGCGCUGACUCGGAACGACUGCGAAUGGGAAGCUCUACAAGUUCAGACCGCCACUCCUCACAGCACGCCGCGGCGCCGCUCGGCGGGCGCGUGGCGCGGCGCGCGGCGCGGCGCGUGCCACUUCCGCUGCGUGCGCGGCGGCGCGGGGCUGGCGCUGCUGCACGCCGCCGCCGCGCGCUCCAUACAGCUGUGCACGCCCGCGCCGGACGCCGCCGCGAGUUGCACUCAACUGAGGACACCUUACCAAUACGCUACAAUGGUUUGCUCGAAAUACAAAGAAAGGGUUCGAAGACUUUCUGGACUUGGAAUGCAGAUAUCUCCGGCGCUAGAGGACCCGGACCGGCCGUGCCGCGUGGCGUGCCAGGACGAGCGCGUGUCGCACCGGUUCUACCUCGUCAACGGCCACGAGGGCUGGUUCCCGCUCGGCGCGCCCUGCGGCCCGCGCGCCUACUGCGUCAGCGGGAAGUGUCUGGAAUUCGGUCCAGACGGCACUCCGUUGUCCGAGUCGCGGCUGUCGCUGCCGCUGCGCGCGCGCUCGUCGCGCCACCGCCGCAGCCUGCAGCGCGAGCGCCUGUCGGUGCAGACCUCCCUCCGCCCGCACCAGCUGCACAACCUCAUCGCUGCACUCAACCUCACGGAUAGCAGAAUAACAUUCUUUCAAGCGAUACCAGAAAACAUCGAAGUGGACUUCUCCAAUCCCAUACACAUCUCCCCUGAAGACACUCUGCUGAGGAAGAUACCGAGACCUACUUGGGACUGAAUUAUU